AAGAAACUGAAGAAGAAAUCUGCAAAUUCAUCUUCUCUUCUUCCUCCGAUUCCAUCUUUCUCCGUUUCCGGCGAUAAUCUUCAUCGCUUCUUCAGGUUCAUGUUUUUCCAGAUUCUUUGAUGCCUUUUAUGUAUCUCUGACUCUCCACGGUUUCUUAAUAUGAAUUCUUCUUCGCUUCAUUUCUGAUUCGCGAUCGUCAGAUUCUCUGGUUUGUUUGAAAUUCGAAUCCGUGUGUCUGAUAUUUCGAUUCCUGGAUCAUUUGUUGAUUAUCUUUAGAAUGGAGCUAAAGAAUGUCAAAGAUGCGUUUGAUCGUGUUACCAAAAAGCAGAAACUAUGCUAUAGCAAAACGCAUGAAGUGGUAGACAAAAUGUCUCAAGAAAUCGACAAGGCAUUGAAAACGAUACAGGAGGAUAAUCAUGAAUCUGUUGUUGCUGAUCUGAAGAAAACUUUUGAGGAGAUUGCUCCAAUCAAUCUACUAGAAGCGUCUCAGAAAGAAAUAAAUGGGGUUCUUACCAAAUACCCGAAAGCUCUUGACAAAACUCUGAAUCCAGAUAUAUCGACGGCUUACAGAAACGUUAAGUUUGAUACUCAUACAGUUCAUCAGAUACUAGCUCAGUUUUUCUACAGGCAAGGCAUGUACGACGUUGGUGACUGUUUCAUUUCCGAGACUGGUGAGGUUAAGCCUGAAUCUUCUGUUACUAAAGCUUUCAUGGAAAUGAAUAUGAUACUUGAAGCCAUGAAAGAACGGGAUCUCGGACCAGCUUUGAAAUGGGUAGCUUCAAACUCUGACAAGCUAAAGGAAGCAAAGUCAGAUCUUGAGUUGAAACUUCACAGCCUUCACUUUUUGGAGAUAGCUAAAGACAAAACCUCCGAAGAAGCUAUCAACUACGCGAGAAAACACUUUGCUACGUAUUCAGCAGAUAGCUGCUGUUUCCCUGAGAUACAGAAACUCAUGUGCUCUCUCUUAUGGAUCAGAAACCUCAAUAAAUCCCCAUACUCAGAGUUCCUCUCACCUGUAUUGUGGACCAACGCUGCCAAGGAACUAACCCGACAAUACUGCAUCCUACUCGGUGAAUCACCAGAGAGUCCUUUAAGUGUAACAGUUGCAGCAGGUUCACAAGUUUUACCGACGUUUUUGAAGUAUUUGAACGUGCUGCCGGAGAAAAGAAAAGAGUGGCAAACAAUGGAGCAACUUCUUGUACCUGUGGAACUCUCUGAAGAGUAUCGCUUCUACUCGGUCUUUGUCUGCCCUGUCUCUAAAGAACACUCGAGCGAAGAUAAUCCGCCGAUGAGAUUGGCUUGCGGUCAUGUCCUUUGCAAGCAGUCUAUCAACAGAAUGUCGAGGAAUGGUUCAAGGUCGUUCAAGUGUCCUUAUUGUCCAACAGAUAUUGAUGCUUCGCAGUGUAAGCAGUUAUAUUUUUAGACUAGCUUUACAACUUCUUAUGCAGCAUUUCUAAAGAAAGUAGACAAAUGUUUCUUAUCUUUUCUUUUAUGAACUUGAAUUGGGUUCGUGUACAAAAACUAUAGUUUGAAAUAAAACCUUUUAUACCCAU